CAAGUCAAAGUUCAUUAUUUUCAACCCGAAUUGGGUUGUAGUUUUUACGCUUUAUAAUUUAAUUAAAGUUAUAUUUUAACUAAAACCCAAUUAUUUUAGUGUGGGAAUAAGUGUUCUAGUGCCUUAAAUAUGUACGCUUUAAACAAAUGUCCUCAUAAAAACCUGUGUAUAAAAAGCAUAGCACAAAGAAGUUAUGCCAGCAAAUCGAAAACAAUUCGUGAUGUUAAUUAUCAAUAUUUACAAAGAAGUAAGGUGCCUACAAUGCACUUCCAGAAAUCAUUACCGAGACUGCCUAUACCUGUGUUGAACAAAAGCACCGAGCGGUAUCUUAAGGCAUUGCAACCGCUUUUAACCGACGACCAAUUUAGUGCUGCGACCAGCCGAACUAAUAACUUCAUUAAUAAUGAGGGCAAAGCGUUGCAAGAGAAACUCGUAGCGAAAGAUAAGGCAAACAAGCACACAAGCUACAUUUCAGACUAUUGGUUUGAUAUCUAUCUUCGUGAUCGCAAACCUCUACCAAUCAACUACAAUCCUCUAAUCGUUUUCCAAAAUGACACGAGACCUGAAUACAACAAUCAGUUAAUCCGCUCUACUAAUUUGUUGAUAAGUGCUGUGAGAUUUAUGGAGUCUCUGAAGGCACAGAUAUUGGAACCAGAAGUGUUUCACAUGAAUCCUAAGAAAAGUAAUACACCACUUUUUAGAACUGUUACAGGUUUAUUGCCUGAGGCGGUUUCAUGGUAUGGGGCCUACCUUUUCAAAGCGUUUCCUCUUGACAUGAGUCAAUUUCCGGGUCUUUUUGGGGCAACCCGCAUCCCUUUGGAGACUAAGGACAAGAUAUUCAGGGCAACAGACAGCCGGCAUGUGCUGGUGCAGCGGAGAGGGAACUUCUAUGCUUUUGAUGUGUUGGAUGCUGAUGGUAACAUCCUCGCACCAACAGAAAUGCUAGCUAACCUGAAUAAAAUCAUGAAUGACAAUGCUCCUGCAGCAGAGCAUCCGCUAGGAGUCCUAACUUGCCAGAACAGAAACGAGUGGGCCAGACAAAGGGCACACUUGGAGCAAACUGGAAACAAAGAAGUCCUGAGUAAAAUUGAUUCGGCCAUUUUCAACUUGGUACUGGAUGAAGAAAUUAUUGGUGAUUCAAAACAUGCUCUAUUGAAGAGUUAUUUACAUGGCGAUGGUCUAAAUAGGUGGUUUGACAAGUCCUUCAGCCUUAUCAUCACUGGUGAUGGUGUCUCUGGCAUAAACUUCGAGCAUUCCUGGGGCGACGGAGUUGCAGUGCUCAGAUUCUUUGAAGACAUCUAUGCUGAGACUACAAAGAAGCCUUUUGUUCAUCCGGACACAAAGCCAGCUAGCAGCAACAUUAGUGUUACCAAGUUAGAUUUCAAGUUGGAUGAUAAAUCAAAACAGUUUGUUGACAAAGCUAAGAAGGAAUACAAAGAGUGGUAUGAAUCAUUAAGCAUCGACUAUAUAUUGUACGAAGGCCUAACAAAAGGUGCUUGCAAGAAAUAUAAAGUCAGCCCUGAUUGUGUAAUGCAGCUCGGCUUCCAGGCUGCAUAUCACCUGCUCCAUGGUAAAUUCGUCGGCACCUAUGAAUCAUGUAGCACUUCGGCGUUUAAGCACGGCAGAACGGAAACGAUGAGGCCUUGCACUGAAAAAACUAAGGCGUUCUGCGAAGCCCUUCACUUAAACAAGACCUCACGAGGGGAGCUCAGCGCAAUGAUGCAAGAAUGCUCCAAGUACCACUCGGAGCUAGUGAAAGACGCAGCGAUGGGCCAAGGAUUCGACCGUCAUAUGUUCGCGCUCAUGAAGAUUGCCGAAGAAUUUAACCUGCCACGGCCUGAGCUCUUUGACUCUUAUGAAUAUAACUACCUGAAUAAGUCGAUACUGAGUACGAGUACCCUGUCGUCGCCUUCAGUUAUGGGAGGGGGUUUUGGACCGGUGGCUACAGAAGGAUUUGGUAUUGGGUAUUCAGCCUUCCCCGACAAGUUAGGCGCAGCGGUCACCAGCUACAAAUCUCACAACAACAGCACCGAGUUCGUGCAGGCAUUACACCAGUCCUUUGAAGAUAUCACUAAAAUUAUAUCCACGUGAUUACGAUUUAAAAGCUCACUGCGGCGCAAAAUA